CGAUCCCAAAAAGGGGCAAUAGCUAAGUUUAUACGAAAAAUUAAAAAAAAAAUUGAAAUUUAAUUUUUUUAUUAAAAAACGGCAUUAAACGGUGUUUAUAAAGGAUUUUAGUCAUGGAUAAUAUAUCUAAUCAAAUGGAUAUAAAGUCAAAUGAUAAGGACAAGAAGAAGGAUAAACAGAGUGCAGACUUGGAUAUUCUUAGGAAAGAUGAGCAGUUCUGGCAGCGUGCAGUUAAAAUCUUAGCAAGAAAUGAAAUUCAAGAAUUAAAAAAUGCUGAAAAUGACAAUAAGGCAGUCGUGAAGCAUACGGAGAGAUCAUUUAACAUUCAUUGCAAAUGCGAUAGAUGCAUAAUAUUUCGUCAGACAAUUAUAGGAACUUACGUAGAAAAUUGUGCUUAUAAUCAAUUAUGGUCGAAGUUGCAAGAGAUUAUUAGGUCUUACUACAAAUUUCUGCCGGAUGAACAGGAUUCAAUUAUUAAGAGGAAAUACCAGGAACUAUUGACUGAAUCAUGCGGAAUUCAUUGGUUUAGCGACGGUAGCAUUGAUGUCAAAAAGAAUAUUCAUGUAUCAAUGGGAAGUUAUUUCUCAAUAUCAAAUGAAAUGACUUUUAUGAUAGUGUUCAAUAUGCUUUAUGCGCGCGAUAAACAUCAGCUUUUUGAAUUAUUGUGCCUUCAACUUUCAUUAAUAAUUCUUGCAUAUCGAGAAGGCAUCAAAGAAAUCACAAAGUGUGUUGAAGGCGACGAAGAGUACUAUAAACCAGAGGAAUUUCUCAAUUACAUUCUUGAUGGAUACGAUCGAAUCACGGAAAUUUCAGAAACUCAAACACCAUUAGUCAUUGAAAUGAGAGAGCACUUACAGACGUUUUCUUUAACGUGGCAAUUAAUGAAUCAAUGUAUGUAUUAUCGCUUCCUUUAUGUCGAUAUUGAGAGUCGAAUGGCCGACUGUAUAUUGAGAUUAAAGGAGCAAGUUGAUGCAGAGACAUAUAAAAGCUUUGUCUAUCGAUUCAUUAAGUUUGAUGAGGAAAUGACGGCAAUUGGACAAGUUUGGGAAGUUGCACUCGUUGCACUAGAAUUAUAUCGAAAAUCAACGCCUGAUCAAAUUGGUCGUGUUGAGAGAAUCGCUAUGAUUCAUCAAAUCUAUCAGUCAAUGAGAAAUCUUAAUGAUAUUGAUGCGGAUAUUGGUAAACCAUUGAGUGAUCAAGUACUGGCAUUAGAUUGGAUAGUUUCGUCCGAAAACGAUGAAGUUUGGUUGAGUGUGAUAAAUAGUAUUAGAAGUGAACCGUUCAUGAGAAAAAACAAAAACUGUAAAUGUUGGGCAUGCUUAAUAUCGGACGGUAAUCAUGUCCCAGAUAUUUGUGCAAUUCCUGACGAUUCAAAGAUGGAUUUAAAGAAGAAAACGAAUGAUGAAUGUUAUCAUUUGGCGUGGUGUGUCUUUAAGCAUUUAAAGGAUCGUAAGGCAUACACGAAAACAUGUUUCCAUCCUGAAAUCUUUUGUGUCUUUAAUGAUCCGCCAUGUGAACGAAUGGAAUGUCAAGUUGCAACUAAUCUUAUUAUUGGAUCAUAUCCACUAAGUUUUACGAAAUUUCUACUACGAAUCUAUCAACCGUUGUCACCAAGUGAUCGCGAGAAAUUCCUCAAAGUUCCAAGUCAGAGUUUAAUUCGUAAAUUUUGUCGUAAAAAAGGCGGUGCAGCAGCAAAGGAGAUUAUGCAUGAAGCAGAUGAAAUAAAUCAUACAUUUUUACUACUUAAUAUGUUUUGGGAUGACGAUGAAAUUGCAGAUCCAACUCUACGAGCUGGUUUAGCGGCAGCAUUAGCUGAAAAUUUCAAAAUUGACGUCAAAUUUCCACAAAAACAUAUAAUUUUCUCCUAUUUUCAUGCACUAUUUCGUAUGGAUCCGAGUGAUGGCGGAGAUAUAGUAUUAGAUCUUGAAUGGCUUGAACAAAUUAAUCUGGCAAAUUUAUUUAAAAGUUUUAGUCAUGAGACGCACUCGUUAAAUUCAACAAGUUCUAUUGAACCAAUAGAAAUGCAGUUGAAUGAAUUGAAAAUAACUGCUGAAGUCUCAGCUGGAAGUAAUGCUUUAGAUUUAGUUCAAUUCUCAAUGAAAGAAGUCGCUGAUAAGCUUAGUUCGAUAUCUCUUAGUGACGAUACGGAAAAUGCGAAAGCAGUCAUUGAGAAUGAGAUUAAGAAGCCACUUGUGGAAGCGCUCAAAUUAGCAGCAAGCAAUAAAAAAUUGGAAGCGGAAUUAAAGUCAUUACAGAAAGAGCAUAAUAUGCUUAAAGAUAUGGUUAAAGGUUUAGAGCAAAUUCAUGGUGAAAAGAAGGAAGUUCAAGUAACUGUGACUGCAACUAAACCUCCUCCCGAUUCCUCUCAGCCACCGACAAAAUGUAAUCACGGACACAGUCAUGGACAUAGUCAUAAUCAUUCUGGUUCAUCGUCUCCAGUUGAGGAGCAUGGCAAGGAUGAUUGCGUUUGUUAUUAUUGUACGCUAUUUGGGAAGAAUCAGGACCUCGUAACUAAUCCAAGGUCAACGGAAGCGCGUGAUCGAUUACGUAAGAAACUACAUCAUUUACAAAAUCAAAAGGAUUUCACGAGUAAAUCAAAGAAUUUAAAAAAUAUUAGCUUACUGCUAAAAAAUGGAACUCCAUCGUCUCCAAGAUCAAGUCCAUCAUCUCAAGCACAACAUUCUUCGACUAAACAUACGGAAAACUCGCCACAACCAAAAUCGUCCACAGCUAGUGCAUCUAUUGGUGGUGGUUCUAUGAAAAUGAAAGUUGAAUUAGAAUUGCAGCAUCGAAAAAAGAAAACGACGUUAAUAAAGCCGAAUUAUAAUAAUAAGCCAGAGGACAUAAAGAUUCAAGAUGCUACAGAAAUUAAUAUUAAAUCACUAGAGAAUCUAAUUGAAUAUAUUGAAGGUCCUAGUAGUAAGGCAGUCGCUGAACAGAAAAAGGCUGAAGAAGCAGCUGCUAAAAAACUACUUAAAAAGGCAAAACAGCAGCAGCUCAAAGUAAGAAGGCAAAUUGAUCAGCAACUAGAAGUUCUUAAAAACGUUAAUAAUGAUUUGCUCGAAGUAAACAUUGAUAUUAAACAGGUACAGAAUCAAAUAAGUCAAUUGAAGUCAUCGAGAGGAAAGUCAAAGGAAAAUAAGGAAUCUAAAAGGGUUAAAGCUGCCGAAGAGAAAUUAAAUGACUUAAUCACAAAACGUAAGAAGGUCGAAACUAAUGUUAAGAAUAUUAUUGACGGCGUAAAGGUGUUAAAUCCAGAAAUUAAUGUUAUUGAUGAAUGUUUGGAGAUGAAAGCUGUGAUGAAUUUAAUUGCACCAGAUCUUCCACUGCCCAAGCAACCUCCACAGACUUCCAAUAAUAAUCACCAACAAGCAUCAUCAUCAUCAUCUAGUAAUCAUGUCCAAUAUGCACAACAGCAACAACAAAAUAUUCCAAAACCAGUUCCGGUACGAGCAACGCUUCAAAAUACUGCUAAUGUGCCUCCUCCUCCAUCACAACAAGCACAACAAACAUCAGCUAAUGUUCAGCAACAACAAAAUAUUCCACAAUUAGUAAUUUCACCAAAAGGCAAUGAAGAAGAUCCAGCAAAAAGAAUGGUCACAAUUAGGCGUGUUAAUUUACCACAUGCUGAACCACAAGUGACUGUUACGGCGAAAGGGACAACGCCUGACAAAGACCAAUUAUUGUACACAUUUGUAAAUGGUCAACUUGUUCCUGCUUCUAGUUUACAUCCGACAGCUUUUCAGAAUCAAAACGGAUCACUUCAAAUUUACAUGUCAAGUAGUGAUGUUGAGGAACAUAAUAAAGCAGCAAGUGAACAAGUGCUCGAGAAUAAUAAGCAUAAUGGCAAGAAUAACAACAAUAAUAAAAAGGAGCCACAAUUGACUAAGAAACAACAACAGCAGGCGAUAGAGAAAGUGAUUGAAAAGUCUAGAGAAAAUAAGAAAAAUGAAAAGAUCGAAAAGAAGAAGGAACAACCAGUACAGCCACCGCAGACAGCUUUAACAAUGAGCAAUAGUCAAACGAGCAUUAAAAAGUCAUCAAAAGAUAAUAAAAAUGCUAAGAAAAAGUCGGACCCUGUAAAAAAGGAAGACGAAAAGCAUGUCGAUGAACAGCAGGUGAAAAAAAAGACUAGGAAAGUUUAUAUUGAUCCAGAAUUUGCAGCAAAUCCUUUUAAAUUGCUUUUGGACGAUGACGAUGACGAGGAAGAGUUUACGACCGAGACUGACGAAGAAAAUAGUAAUCAUGACAAUGAGGAAACGAAUAGUAUAAUAGAAAAGAUGUCAAACAUGGAAAUAGCUUCUAAGAAUAAUAAAAAGUCGAAUCACGAGCCUAAGAAUGUCAAGAAACAAGCUCAAAAUCAACAACAAUUGUCGUUGUCGCAGCAAAAUGUUAAGAAUGAUAAAAAUUUACAAAAGAAGCAACAAGUUCAGCAUGUUGUUAACCAGAAAGGAAAGAUAAUUGAGAGACAAGAUAGUGUCACAAGUGCUACUUCGAGUAAUAAUUCUAAAGAUUCCAAGCAACUGAAUAAGAAUAAUAAGAAGCUAAAGAAUGUUAAUGAACCACCAAAAUCUUACGUCCAAUCAUUUCCGUUACAUCCACAAUAUCAACCGACUGUCUAUAAGCCUACGGAUUAUGUUAAAAAACCGACAAUCUCUGCGCAGCCUAGUCAUCAAAAUUCAAACUCAAUUAUGGAUCAAUUGAAUCGUGGCAUUCGAGUUGAAGGUCUGCGCUUGCCUCCAGGAAUUACUUUGACAAAAGUAGCACCGACUAAUGAGGCAAUAAGCACCAAACGAGAUUCAAUCAAUCGUAUUACACAACCUAUGCAAGAUUAUGGUCAACAAUCAUCACGUACAGGAUUGGAUGAUCAUAAUAUGGUAUACUCGCAAGGUCGUGAUCCUAAUGGCAUAAUAAUGGUUGAGAGUAAUCCACAUGCGGCGGCACAAAAGCAACAGCAACAAAUGCAACAUCAUCAGCAACAGCCGAACGAGAUGAAUUCAAAUCCAAAGAAAAAGAACAAGAAAAAGAAGUCAAAAGGUGAUGGAAAUGAUGGAUCGUCUAAUAAAUUAAAACAGCAACAAUCUAACGGAGGAGAGCGCAUGGUCACAUUGAAGAAUCCCAUGUUCUUUAAUAAUAACAACAGCACUGCUAGUAAUAGUAAUAAUAAUAAUAAUAAUAAUAAUAUUAGUAGCACCAAUAAUGGCAAUUCAGAAACAAUGAUGUCGAUGAUGAGGAACUUACAGACACCUCCAUUCAUAUCACCCAUGAAUGAUCCUCAACAAGCGUCAAUAAUUAAGAAUGAGAAUGGAAUGUAUACAAUACGUAAUCCAGCAUUUCAGAAUGCAUUUGGAGCUGCUGGAAGUAGCAGCAGCAAUAAUAGUGGUCCAAUUGACAACAACAGCACUUCAUCAAAUCGAUCGUCAUUCAUGCCAUUCGAUGGCGAACAAUCACAGCCAAAAUGUAGCUCCGUUAUAGGGAGUGAAAUGAAGAAUGCUUUACAGCGUCGUAAAGAGCAAGAAUAUGCACACUUAGAUCCAUAUCAAUAUAGUAUGAGGUCUUCAUCAUCUCAAUACUCGCAUUUUGGCGGAAGUGGGGUUAAUUUUAAUCAAAAUAACGCCGCCGGUUGUGAUGAAAACUACAUGCAUCGACCCAAUAAUUAUCAAUCGUAUCCAUCUCAAUCGAUAAAUUACGAUGAUUUACGGCUACAACCAGGAAAAAUGUUGAACUCUGAGGUAACAAUCCACAAUGUGACGGAAUCAAAGUUCUUUCAAAACCAAACGAAAGCUCAAGCACCAAUUGGAACUCCAAGAAAUCUAAUUUCAGACAUAACAACGCCAAAACUUUUCGGUGACUUAUUAAUUCAACCGACUCUUAUAAGUCGUCCACACGCUCCGCCAGCCGAAAAUGGUAAUUUUUAAUGCCUUUUCUUACAAUAUUUAUUUUUAUAAGAUUCAAAAACAAAAAAAGUAAUAGAAUUAUAAAUAAAUAUAAUAAUAUAAAAAAAUAGAAAGCGCAAAGUAUGUGAGUCAAGGCAGAAAUUCGGUUGAGAUUGAGAAUGAUGAGCGAGAUAUUGAGAUGUUUAAGCAGUUUGAUAUGAAUUAUGUAGCACCAAAGCAGAAAAUGAAAUGCAACAUCAACAUGAAUGAGAUUCAUGUAAAUCCGAAGAAAUCAACUGUAGCACAUGUUAUGGGCGAAGAUUUUGAUCGAAAGCAUACAAGCUCUACAAAUUCCAAUAGUCCAUCUUCAUUAGCAUCAUCGUCUAUGGACGAAUUGUAUGAGAAAGCUCCGUGUUCUUAUUAUGCAACUCAUCAUAAUUUAACAGAUGAAAAGUCAUCGGCAGCAUCAUCACUUUUUUCUUCAUCUAAUGGAAUGUAAAGGAAGCGCCUCCGAUAGUCCGAAAGAUGCAUAAUGAUAAUUAAACGAAAAAAAAAAACCAUAAUAAAUGCUUCUUUUUUUCAUCUUUACUCUAGAACUUCUUACGUCAUGAUUAACUAAUAAAUAAAGAAAAAAAAAAAUGAAAGAUUCUCGGUUAAGAGAAUAUGAAAGGCAGAAAAAGAAAAACAAUUAUACAAGUUUGAACUUUUUAUGUUGUGCGAGAUGAUGAAAAAUAAUGAUUACUAUACAUACAAUGAGACAGAUGAGAAUGAAAUAAAAACAGAAAUUAGUGAUUUAAUAUUUAAGAAUUAAA